AUGGAGGAACUGUUAAAUAAAGAUAUCUUUCAUGAUGCGGAAUUAAUAAAACACGGUCCGGAUUACAAAUCAGCGGAUAUAUAUUUGCGUUUACAGUUAAGGCGAAAUAUGGCAAAAGAUACUCAUAAACACACGUCGACAAUAGCGAAUGGACCAAAAACACUUUUAAAGAGGAAAGUUUUUAAUAAUGCAUAUACUGUCAAUAGGGAAUUAGCAAAAAUGCAUACCAUCUUCCGAAAGAAACGCGCUAAGAAUAAUUUAAUUAUAAAGAAACAAAAGAGUCUCUUCAAAAAUAUAAGCAGUACUAUACCCACUGAAGUCUAUAGAUCUAGAGAUACCGCGGAUAGUCAAUACAAGAUGUUACAACAAGAAAUGAACACAUUUUUAGAGAAGUCUCAAGAAAUGUACGAUUUAAAAGUUGAAAACGAGGUGGACUUUAAACUUAUACCAAAAUUAAAACAAGAUAAAUACGAAUUUAAGACGUCAAUGAAGCCAAAGGUUGCUGAUAGACAAGACUCACAAAAAAAGGAACUAAACAGACAAGACAACGACGAAAGCCAACAAAAUAUUAUUAGCAAAAUUGAACACGAAUUUAGCUGUAAGAGCAAUGAUUUACAAUCGCUUUUAAUAAUGAUGACAAUUAACUCUUCCUAUGAUAAUGAAAAGGAAAUCUCUGAAGAUGAUAUUAGUUGUAAAGAGUUAGAAUCCUAUCCGAAUUUAAGGGACGAAUCUGGAAAAGUAACAGUUACAAAUAUAGAUAAAACUGAAAUAUCGGAUUAUAUUAACGUUUCUUCUAUUAAAAACGUAAAAUUUGAACUACGUGCACGUUAUAUUGAACGGAAAUAUGUUCAAAAAUGGAGACAAUACAUCAUACGGAAGAACGAAAAGAACUCCAAAUUCGACAGAAAGGCAACAGUGAACAAGUUUAUAGACAGGCUAGCCAAAGCAAAAGACAGUGUGAAGUCUACAGCAGAGCCCAUACAGAAAGCAAAAAUGAAUGUUCGAGAUUAUAAUAGUUAUCAUCAUAGGUAUAGGGUACAAAAACAUAUAAUAGCACUUCAAAAGGCUAAGCUUGAACAGCAAAACAAAGUAAUAGAAGAACUUAAAUAUAAUAAAAUCAUUGAAGCUUCGCGUCACUCUGUAGAUUGUAUGAAAGAAGAAGUGCGGAAGUCUUAUUACGAACUCGAUAAACAUUUAAAACCUAAAAUUAAGUGUUUAACAAAUGAACUUAAUAUUAAGGAAAUUGAAGAGCCCGCGUUAAUAUUACAAUGCUUGAAAGUACCACAGUUUCUACAAAGAAUGGAAGCUAGAGCACGAGAGAGAGAAGAAAAGCAUGCUAUUAUUAGAGAAAGAAGGAAGCAAAUUGAAGAGGAAAGACUAAGAAUUAAACAACAGGUAGAAUUGCAAAGAGCAGAAAUGGAUAAAGAAGAAAAAACAAAGAGAAUCAAGGAAUUAAAAGAAAAAAGAAAGCAAGAAAAAAUUGAAAACAUAAGGAAAAAGCAACAUGCGGAGCGAAUGAGAGCGUUGAUUGUAAUGGCAGACUUCCAUUAUGAGAAAACCUUAAUAACCAAGUAUGGCAUACGGCCGUUUCAACGUUUAAUUCGAAUAAAGCACGAAAGCGUUGAGAAAGCAAAAGCUCACUAUACAUUUCAGGUAAAGAAAAAUAUUUUUUUACAAUGGAUGUUUUACACUGAGGAUAUGUGGUUUGAAAGGAAUUAUAUUGCGGUGGAACAUUACAGAAAAAGGAUUCUAAGCAAAACAUUCAAUGCUCUGAAAAAGAAUCAUUAUAACUACGUUCUGAAGAACCAAGUUGCCGAAGAUUAUUAUGAUCUUUACGUCACUCAGUUAGUUUUUAGGAAAUUUCGAGAAGCCGUUAUAGUUGCUAAGCACGAAAGUGAAAUAAAAUGGAGAAAAGCUGUAAAGUAUCAUAAUUGUAACCUUUUAUUUAAAGUCUUUACCUGUUGGCGGACCUUGCCUGCUAUAAAUGCCCUGAAACGUGAGCAAGAGACGCGAAAGCUAAAAUGGAGACAAAAAGUAUUGCAAGUGGUUCCAGAUUAUAAACCUCCCGAGGACUGA